CGGUGACCCCACAGACAGCAUGAUCCGCGUGGGCGCCGAUUACCAGGCGGUGAUUCCCGACUGCAAACCAGAGAGCCCCGCUCGCUACAGCAACAAGGAGCUCAAGGGGAUGCUGGUGUGGGCCCCCAACCACUGCGUGUCUGACGCCAAACUGGACAGGUACAUCGCCAUGGCCAAGGACAAGCACGGCUACAACAUCGAGCAGGCGCUGGGCAUGCUGCUGUGGCACAAGCACGACGUGGAGAAGUCCCUGGCUGACCUGGCCAACUUCACCCCGUUCCCGGACGAGUGGACGGUGGAGGACAAGGUGCUGUUCGAGCAGGCCUUCAGCUGCCACGGCAAGAGCUUCGCCCGCAUCCAGCAGAUGCUCCCCGACAAGCUGAUCCCCAGCCUGGUCAAGUACUAUUACUCCUGGAAGAAGACGCGCGCGCGCACCAGCGUCAUGGACCGGCAGGCGCGGCGGCUGCUGGGGCGGCGCGACCGCGACGACAGCAAUGACGAGACCGAGGAGCCCCGACCGAGCCCCGAGGGGGACCCGGAGCCCGCGGACCCCAAAAAAGAGCCAUGCCCGGCCAGGGCGGGCCCGCGCAAGGAGCCGCAGUACCGGCACCACCCCCCGGCGCGGCAGCGGCGCCGCCCCCCCCGCGGGAUGCGCCUCAGCCGCGAGGACGUGGCCGAGGUGACGGCGAACCCCGACCUGGGCGCGCGGGCCCUGCGGCAGCUCGACUGCCAGCUGGUGGCGCUCAAACGGCAGGUUCAGCGCAUCAAGCAGAUCAACAGUGGCCUCAGGCAGGCGCUGGACGGGGGCCUGGAGGGGCUGCGGCCGCCUGAGGGCAACAGCAAAUUCAGCUCGCGCUGGACCACGGACGAGCAGCUGCUGGUGGUGCAGGCCCUGCGCCGUUACGGCCGCGAUUUCCCGGCGGUGGCGGCCGUGCUGGGGAACAAGACGCCGGCGCAGGUUCGGAGCUUCGUGCUGGGCCCGCGGCGGCGCCCGGGGCUGGAGCGGCUCCUGCAGCGGGGCCGGGGUGUCCCCAUGGUCACCUGGACCCCCACAAGGUCCAGCCAGGUGACCCCGGGCGGUCCCAGGUUCAGCCCCGAGUUCCCCCAGAUCCGUCUGGAGGUCCCAGAGCCACAGCUGAGGAGCCGCUCCUGGGUCACCACGUCCUCAGGAACUGCAACUUGGAGGCCACCUCAGAGCUGCUCCUGGGUCACCGUAUCCAUGUCCCCAGAGCUCCGUGGCCACCCCGGCGCCGUCCACAGGUGA